AUGACAAAUGGAAAUUUCGCCAGACUAGAUCAUGCAACUUCAACCACUACAAUAACUGCCACCUCGUUUCCAGAUAUUCUGUUUCAUUCUAUUGCAAUCAAGGUCCUCAUAUUGAAGCCAGUUCAACAUCACGCAUCCAGCUCCCCAGGACUGAGCAAUACAGAUACUUUAGCCCUCGACAGCGGUGAGACUACUCCAUCUAGGCUCUCUAUCGUGUCACCGGAUUCAUCGACCUGUCGAUACACUCCAAGAUUUAUCUUGUGGAGGCAUGGUAUCAUGAACGUUCCAUCAACCAACCAUUUUCAUUGGCAUGAAAACGUUCUUGGUUGGGAUAAAUUCUUGCAAAGCUUUCUUAAAUAUCUGAACCAAGGAAGUUAUCCAAGCCAAAGUCAAAACUUCCAGUCAUCAGCAUCAUUUGAGUCCAAUAUCUCAAUCGAAAGUGUGCGCAAUACCUCGCCUGCCAAGGCUAUCAAGGACUCCAAAAAACCUCUCAUCAAGCCGUUCAUCAAAUUUAGGGAAUAG